GCAAACCCUAUAAAUAAUAUUUGAAAUUUCUUGCUAUAAAUAUAGAUCACCAGCCAAUAAAAAUCAUUAUUAUCCAAGAAAAAAAGAGGGAAGGAUAAGAUAUAAAAUUAGGUCAAAUGAAUAACUCGAUUCGAUCAUCCUUUUUGAAAACGAUCGACGAAGAAGAAAAAGUUGAUCAGCUCAGAAGUGAUGCGGUUAUAAGAGAGAUCAGAGUUGACGGCGGCGCUCGGCCGGAAGUAACAAAAAAAGUGGUGGUGCCGCCGCCACCGAAGAAUAAGGCGGAGAUCAAGAAGAAGCCGAGUGAUGAAGAUAUAAACGACAGUGCAGAAGCGUUCAUAAGGAAAUUUAGGCAGCAGCUUGUUCUACAGAGGCUUGAGUCUAUUGAGAACUAUGAACAAAUGCUUAAAAGGGGAACUUAGAAAUUAUAUAGUUUAAGUUAUUUAAUAUUAUUUUGAUUUAUUUUUGUGUAUGUGAUAUUGUUGGAUUUGUUAUUUGUUUAUCUAAUCCUAAUUAAUUUAUGUGGUGGUUCAAUUAAUAAAAGUAAAUAAAGGGUUAGUCCAUUUUUUGUUGGAUUGUUAGCUUAUUAAAAA